GAUCUACUCGCGCUUUUAUUUCAAUAAUCAUUUCAAUAAUCGGUUAAUUUUCCCACCACACUAACCGUUUCACAGUGUUCGCAGUAGCUUUUCGCAGCCACCGCCGGAGCUUUUAAUUUCUUUAUGUAGCAAAUAAAUGUCAGAAUUCGUGGUUGCUGCUGUCUACUGUGCCUAGACCGAUGUGGUCCAAGAAAAUUUUCAGCCAGUACAUAAAAAUUCAGUCAUCGUUCAAGUCGUCUAAAGAAAUGGCAGCCAAUCAAUUCUACGAAAACAGAUUUACAAAUUUUCAUAAAAAUCAUAUAAAACUAUUUGCUGUUUAUAUGAAAACAGCAAAUUUAAUGCAAAAUUCAAACGUGCUCAAGCGAUCUCUUUAAACGUGUACAAAUCGUAACAAAAU